CUAAUGGUUUUGAUUUUAUCAUCCGCUUUUAAUGGAAAAAAUAAACAAAUAAAGAAAAAGAGGAGAGAGAAAAAGACAAAAAGGGCCAUCACCUAAAAACCGGUUUCACAAACCCAAAACAAGAACACAAAAGCAGAUAAAAAGAAGGGAUUGAAUGGGGAGUGUGAAAGCGGUGGCUGUUAUCGCCGGCAACGCCAACGUCAGAGGCUCUCUUCACUUUAUCCAAGAUCCCGCCGGGAGUACCCAUGUGAAAGGGAGGAUUACUGGCCUCACACCUGGUCUUCAUGGAUUCCAUAUUCAUGCCCUGGGUGAUACCACCAAUGGCUGCAUGUCCACUGGACCCCAUUUUAAUCCACUGAAGAAAGAUCAUGGCUCUCCUACAGAUAAAGAGCGCCAUGCUGGUGAUUUGGGAAACAUCGUUGCCGGUCCAGAUGGAGUUGCUGAGGUUUCGAUUAAAGAUAUGCAGAUUUCAUUAAGUGGGCAGCAUUCCAUUCUGGGAAGGGCAGUUGUUGUGCAUGCUGAUCCUGAUGAUCUUGGAAGAGGUGGACAUGAACUCAGCAAGACAACUGGGAAUGCUGGUGGCAGAGUUGGAUGUGGUAUCAUUGGGCUUCAAUCCUCGGCCUAGGGUCAAUUUCUUUUAUCCAUCUGGAAAUACUGGAAAAUAAUCAGUGUAAUGGAAGUACUGGAAAAUUAUGUCAGUGUAAUGGUUUCUUUAUGUCAUUACCAUGCAACGAUAUGUUUCUUCAA